AUGGCGGAGGUUGACAAGGUGAAGGAAACGACCGCGGCCGAGGCUACCGCCCUGUUCGACCGGGGCAUCGCCAAGAUCAAGGCCAACGAGAUGGAGGAGGCCAUCGAAGCCCUGGGCAAGUGCCUCGAGCUCCGCACCGCCGUGUUCGGCGAGCAGGCGGUCGAGACCGCGCAGGCGUACCACAAGUACGGUUGCGCGCUCUUCUACAAGGCGCAGGACGAGAACACCGUGUUCGGCGCUCGCGCGCAGGAGGCUGCCGACGCCAAGAAAGAGGCCGACGGCGAGGGCGCAUCCGCCGACGAGGGCGAGGACGUCGGCGACGACGACGACGCCGACGAUGCCGCGGCCGACGCCCCACCGGAGGGAUCCGAGGAGGGCAAGGAGGAGGAUGGCGAACAGGAGGGAGCGCAGGACGACAUGGAGCUCGCGUGGGAGAUGAUCGAGAUGGCCAGGCUCUUCUACGAGGACGAGCUCGAGGAAUCCAACGGCCAGGGUGGACACCCCAUAGAGCUCGCCAACGUCUACGAGGUGCUCGGCGACAUCAACACCGAGACGUCCAACUUUAAGGCUUCGCUGGAGGAGUACUCCAAGUGCCUCGCGCUCCUCGAAGCGCACGUCGACGAAGACGACCGCCGCAUCGCCGGCGUGCUGUGCUCCAUGUCCGUCUGCCAGCAGUUCGAGCAGGAUCCCGAGGCGGCGCUCAAGGGCGUCACGCGCGCCAUCGGCAUCCUCAACGCGCGAGUCCGAAGGCUCAAAUCCUCGGACGAAGCCGCGGCGGAGGCGGUCAACGCGGCGCUUUUGCCCGGCGCGCCGCCGCACGAAGACCCCCUCGCGGUGGCCAAAACCGAGCUCGAGACGAUCGAGGCGACGAUCGGCGACCUCGUCGCCAGGGAAGAGGAGCUCAAGAGCGUGUGCUCCGAGGACGACGCCACGCGCGAGCAGAUCAAGAAGGCGUUCGCGGCCAUCGGCGGCGGCGCCGCGGGUGGCGAAGCCGCGCCCGUGCGAAACGCAGACGGAUCCGUCGAGACGAUUGGCUUCGACGCGCCGACACGCGCCAACGCCGGGCCGGUGACCAACCUCGGCGUCGUGGGCGGCGGGAAGAAGGGCGCGCCCAAGCGAAUCGUCGCGGCGGCAGCGCCAGCGCCGGCGGGGUCCGCCAACGCGGCGGCGGCGGCUGCUUUCGCCGCGAUGGCCGCCGCGCCGGGACCGACACCCGCUAACCCUGCGGCUCCCCCCGGCGGACGGCGAUCGCUGGAGGACAUGAUGGGCCCCGCCGGUGGCGAGAGCGUCGAGGGGUUCGGCGCGCCCGGAAUCGUCGCGCCGCCCGCCGAGGCCAAGAAGGCGAAGAUGGCGCCGAUCGAGGCGGUCGCUCCCGCCGCGGAAACCGACGCGGGGGAAAAGGAAAACGCGCCCAACGGGUGCCCGCAGCAGUAG